CGGAGGUGGGCACGAACACCAAGCAAAACCUCCUGUCUGGAUGGGGUCAGAUGGGGUCACAUGAUCUCAGGAUCCGAUGGUCCGGGACCCAGGAAUCAAUUGGGCGCUACGGAAGGGCUAUGGAGCGAGGGGUGUGGUGAGGACUCUCUCCGGCGUCGGGUUUUUGAAGCGAGAGGAGGGCGGGCCAAUGAAUUACGUGAGGCGGUUGAAGGGCCACAAGGACACGGUCCUCUGCUGUAUCGCUUCCCGCGCCCGGCCGGGAAUCGUUGCUUCGUGUGGCGAGGAUGGACAAAUUUGCUAUUUUGAUUUGCGCUGCAAAGAUGUUGUUAUUUCUCUGGAUGUGGGAGGACAACCUGUUUCAUCUAUAUGCUUUAAACCAGAUAAUGAGUUUGCUAUAUAUGCCUCAGUUGGAUCAGAAAUAAAGUCUUUCGAUCUAAAUAUGGCAUCCUCGGAUAAAAUUUUGGAAAGCUAUAACUACAACAAAGAAGAGAUAAAUCAGAUAUCUUUCAGUCCCAAAUCAUCUUUCCUUGCUGCUGCUGAUGACAGUGGAGAUGUAAAGGUUAUUGAUGUCCGUCAUAACUGCCUUUAUAGAACGCUAAGAGCUGCUCAUGAAAAUAUAUGUAGCAGCGUUCAAUUUCUUCCAUGGAGACCAUGGGAAGUCAUCACUGGUGGAUUAGAUGCAAGGCUUGCAAUAUGGGAAUUUUCAAGAGGGAAAUGCUACAAAAGAAUAGAUUUUGGUAACGAUGACCCAACCCACGCUAACACUUCCCAUAGUGCAAGCCAGUCCAUAAAUCCUCCUUUUGUCCAUGCAAUAUCUGUAGCUCAGGAGGAUAUGGAAGCAAUGUCACAAAACUUAUGUGCUGCUGCAAGGGGAGAUGGGGUUAUUGAUGUGAUCAAUAUAGAAUCUGCACUUUCUGGCAUCAAAGGAAGAAAUUCCUCUCAAGCAAGGAAGCAUAUGCUUGUGAAACACAACAAGAAGGUAUCACAAGAUACUUCUGAAACGUCAAGCAGUGUACAACUAAAAAGAUUGCAACUUGAUCAUUCUCUUGGAGGGCAUACUGCUGCUGCUUCUUGUGUGGCAUUCUCUUUGUUUGGAGAGAAUGGGAAGUUCGUAAUUUCUGGGGGCAAUGAUGCUUCGGUUAAACUGUGGGACUGGAGGUAUUUUGGUGCUCAUCAAGGCGAGCCAUGCAAAUGUGUGAGCAUUAACGUUCAGAAGAAAGUGAAUUGGCUUUGCACAACUCCAAGCGACGCGGAAAAUCUUAUCGUAUGUGACACCUCCAAAACUGUGAAGGUUUAUACAGUCGUAUAGUCUAUAGUGGCAUAACGGUAGAGAAAAUCUCGGCCUAUGUAUUUUAGAUGUUGGCAUUAGAACGAAGAUAGUGUUGUGCAACAGUGUCCAUGUUCUGCAGCUGAUGAUGGAAGUGACAUGUACGUUGGUUCAGGCGAAACCACAUUGUAAAAAAUGUCGUUUCAUUCGUGGGUAAAAGUUCUCUCUCUCUCUCUCUCCCUCUCUCUCAUUUUUCUCAUUUGUUGCACGAACUUUUCAAUAUGUCAA